UGAAAUUAAUGGUCAGUGACAAUAAGAAAUGAAGAAACCCCCCCUCCUCUUUCUCGCUCGCUCUGAGAAACCCGGCUUGCCAUCAGAGAUUCUUUUCUGUACGCGACGCCCCGACCUCGGUUCUUCGCUCUCCGCCGUCCGAUCCAUAUCUCUCUCUCUCUAGAAAAACGAGAACGACCGGAAACCAAGAAGAAAGAAAAAAAAGGAAAAUUUAUAUUCUUGGCCACCGGGAGUCAUAUUCCUUUUCUUGAUUCUAUUUAGAUCCCAUAUUCUCACACCUUCCCCCGACAUCUUCCCUUUCCCCUUGUUCGGAUCUCUCUAUGCUGCUGCCACAGAGCAACUCCAUAUAACCCACCCUCCCUUGUCCUUCCAGACUCCAUAAGGGAGACCCAAAAACAGUAAAAACGAGAAAAGGAUUAAAAAAGAGAGGCGACAAUGGAUGAUGAUCAUCAGUCCCGGAAAAUGCAGGGCUACAUGGAAGCUUUGGAGGAAGAGAAGCGCAAGAUCCAAGUCUUCCAACGCGAGCUCCCUCUUUGCUUGGAGCUUGUGAACCAAGCGAUCGAGUCGUGCCGACAGCAGUUAUCUGGUACCACCACGGAGUACAUGCAGGGAGGCCAAUCCCAGUGUUCGGAGCAAACUUCGACUGAUGGUCCGGUCCUGGAGGAAUUCAUUCCUAUUAAGAGAGUAUGCUCAGCUUCUGAUGAAGAAGAAGAAGAAGAAGAAGAUGAUGAUGAUGAUGAUGAUGAGCAACAUUCGCACAAGAAUCCUAAGAGCGACCACGCCACCGACAAAAAGAAAUCUGACUGGCUCAGAUCUGCUCAGCUGUGGAAUCAGACCGCCCCAGCUCCACCUCUUCAACAGGAGUCUACACCGAGAAGGGUUUCGGUGGUGGAGGUGACGAGAAAUGGCGGAGCUUUUCAGCCUUUUCUUAGAGAAAACAAGUCUCCUGUGAAGACCACCAGUCACGAUAAUACUAAUUAUCAGAACAACAACGACGACAAUAACAACAACCAAGCUUUCGUCGAAUUACAUUCGCCGGUCCCUGUUGCCGCCACGAGCUCGACGGCGGACACCACGAAGGGCAACGGCAACGGAAGCAGGAAGGAGGAGAAGGAAGGGCAGGCUCAGAGGAAGCAACGUCGGUGCUGGUCGCCGGAGCUGCACCGGCGGUUCUUGCAAGCUCUUCAACAGCUCGGUGGUUCACAUGCUGCAACCCCAAAGCAGAUUAGGGAGCUGAUGAAGGUGGAUGGCCUUACUAAUGACGAAGUUAAAAGCCAUUUGCAGAAAUAUCGUCUGCACACCAGAAGACCGAGUCCGACCAUCCAACACAACGGCAGCUCUCAAGCACCUCAGUUCGUGGUGGUGGGGGGCAUAUGGGUCCAGCCCCCGGAGUACGCGGCGGUGGCUGCCUCCGCGACGACCGCGUCCGGGGAGGCGGCGAAGCCCCCCGCCGCUUCGGCCGGGGUUUACGCGCCGCUGGCGAUUGCGGCGGCGCCACAACAAAGGAACCAAUCCAAGGAUCACUCCCCGUCGCAUUCGGAAGGAAGAGGGAGCCACAGCGCGGGGGAUGCUCACUCUAAAUCGCCGUCUACGUCUUCUUCCACUCACACCGCCGCAUCUUCUCCUGUGGAUUGAUUUUUGAUUCGUUCUUCUUUUUGAGACAAAUUUUUGUAAGAAAUAAUGUUAAAAUCGAGGAAGUGUAAUGUUA